AUGGGUUGGCUUGUAUCAAGGACAUGGAUACUUUUGUUAGUCCAAAUCCUGGCUGGCUCGUUUGACAUGUUAACUUCGCUGCUAACAAGGAUCAGCUGUUUGGGAAGCAACAGUGAAGGGUUAUCAUGUAAACCUCAUGCGCACUUCACCUUCUUACAUAACAAUGAGGAAGAUCCCUGCGUGUUACUUUGUCCUUUACUUCAUGUUGGUUCCUUAUUUUUAGACUGUGCUGUCUUUCUUUUCCCAGGACAUAGAACUCAUGCAGGUUCUGCCUCUCCAGUUCGUCGUAGCGAUGCAGAUCAUCGCUAUGGUUCUGAUUAUGAUAAUUUGUCACGAAAUCGUGGAUAUGGUAAUGCAAGAGAAGCUGGGAGAUAUCGAGACCCAUCACCCCCUUAUGGCCGAGGGAGAGUAGGUGGCAGGCCAGUCGGUAGAGCCUUUGAUAGGCCUGGCUUCAAUCCUGGACUACUUAGAGGGGACAACGUCAGUAGAAAUAAUCCAAAUGUGCGUCCUAGGGAGGGAGAUUGGUUCUGUCCGGAUCCCAGAUGUGGCAAUCUUAACUUUGCAAGGCGGGACCACUGUAACAGCUGUAAUAGGCCUCGUUUUGCUAGUGGUGCAAGUCCUCGGAGGGCUUAUCCUGGUCCUCCACCACUUCAUGCUCCUCCUAGACGCCUUCCUGGCCCUUCGAUCGCCCGUUCUCCGGAAAGGGCAAUGAAUGGCUAUAGAUCUCCACCUCGGGGUUUUGCCAGGGAUGCUCCUAAAGAGUAUCUGCCACCACUAAGGCAUGAAGGAAGAUUUCCGGAUUCUCCUCAUGCGCGCAGAGAGCGGAUAGAUUACAUUGAAGAUUCAUACAGGGGGAGAAACAGGUUUGAUAGGUCCCCCCCACUGGACUUUGGUCCGAGACGCCCUUCAAGAGAUGAUUUCUCUGGUGAAAGAAAAGUUUUUGAUAGGCGAUUGCCAUCGCCCCCACCCUCUGCACCUCUCUUGCCUCACCGGGGUCCGUGGGCCCGUGACGUGAGAGAGAGAAGCCGUUCUCCAAUAAGGGGUGCCCCACCGCCAAAAGGCUAUCGCCAAGAUAUGUACUUGGAUCGUGUAAGAGAUGAUAGGCGUGGUGUGGGACGUGAUAAAAUUAGAGGAAUGUAUUAGCUUGGGAUCCAUAUGAACUGUAAUGGUUUUUCGCGUAGACUUUUUUAGUAUUAAAUAUAUCUCUGCUGUACAAGUGAUUCAGUUCUCUUUGUAAACUCUCUUAAAUCUCUCGUCAGGAGUUGAUCCCGAUUGGUUAGGCGAUUCAUUUGUUGUGUCCGAGAGAAUCAGUUCCUGUUAUCUCCAGCAUUAGGACAAUCGUCAACGCAUUGGCAAACUAUUUGAUUCCGGAGUGUACAUCUUUUUUUCUUCUUUUGGUUAUGAGUGUACAUCUAUCUGUUUCUUUGAUGCACGGAAUCUCAAACAUGAAAGAUGAAACUGUUGAGUAUACCAUUUUUGUUUGUCGAGCA